GCGCCGAAAAGGCACAGGCCGCGAGCGCUCGGGCCGCCGUGCGAUUCGGUGCCGCAGGCGACGAGGCCAUUGAGAGCGACGACUCCCCAUUGGACAGUGCCAUGCGCGCGAUACGCCGAGCGAGGGCUUUUGGCGGUGCAGAACUUGCACAAGCAGCCAGUGCUCGUGCAGCUGCGCGACUAGGUGUGAGCAACGAGGCCGUCGAUGAAUCAGACGAGGACUCGCCAAUGGGUAGUACACUGCGUGCUGUGCGACGUGCACGGGCGUUCGGCGGCGUCGGUGCGGAGGCACAGCCAGUCGCUGCACAGUCUGAGCCGUGUGGCACACUCGGCGAGGACGAGGCAGGUGACAUGUCGCCGCUGGACACAGCGAUGCGCGCCAUACGGCGUGCUCGGGCUUUCGGUGGUCCCGAAGCAGCCUCCGGAGCCAUUGCGCAUGCUGAGCAGCUGCUUCAGGGAGUCGCUGCCUGA